UUCCCUCUGAGACGUCCGGCGUCGUUUGAGAUCGCCUGAUGCAUUUUCCUCUGAGCUCUAGGGCGAUGUGCUGACAAGUGAAUCUAAUUCGUUGUUCAACAGUGAGGGAGAGCGAGCGAGAGCAAAAUCGAAAUCCAAAGCCUUAACAAUGGCGUUUGAGAUUCCACUAGAUCAGAUUAAAGAGUUACAAUUGCUGCUUCGCAAAGAGGUCAAUUUACCUUGGUACGAGCCCGAGAAAGAGGACCCUUUUACGCUUCCUAAGCUACCAUCAGUUGCAGAAACAAUAGCAGGGCUCGAUCCCUCGCCUCCCUAUCUUCGCUGCAAGCACUGCAAGGGCAAACUCCUCCGAGGGGUGCAGUCAUCUAUCUGCGUUUUCUGCGGCACAAAUCCCCAGAAGGAUUUGCCUCCUGAUCCUAUCAAGUUCAAGGAUACUGUUGGAUAUCGCUUCUUACUAGACUCCCUUCAAUUAGAUGGAUCGGAAAUGGUGGGACCAAUUAAUAAACGGAAUGAUUCAAGCAGAGCGAGGAAUGCAUCAAAAGAAGAGAUUCCCUUAUUUGAACUGUUAGAUUUGGAAAUUUUACGGCCUUCUGAGUUAGAUGGACCUCAAACCAGUUACUCAGAUGAGGCAGCAUUCCAGGGCAAAGGUUCAUUAAAUUUGGCUGCAGUUGACCUUGAUAGUUUUUUCGCUCGGAGGAAAUCUGCUUCUGAUGCAUUUGAAGAUCAAUUGGCUUCAAAGAAGCCAGUGGAUAGCGCCACAGAUAAGCCUCUCCAAACCAACGAAGACCUUAGUUUGUUUCAGAAUGCCCGGUUUCCUGAAAAAACCACAGGGCCUUCAGAAGGUCAGAGUGGCAAUUCCUUUUCUGGUUGGGAGGCAGACUUCCAGUCUGCAAGUUCUGAGUCCGUUCAUAAAGAGUCCAAAUCAUUUGAUCAUUCUGAUGUUGAUCUGGAUGGGGUGUUUGGAUCUGGGAGUGCUUCUCUUGUUGCAAAGAAGAAUGACAGUUUGAACCCUUCGGCGUCUAUGGAAGAUGAUGGGUUUCAGGCUGAUAUGCGAGGAACUUCCGAGGUAACCAGUCAGACCGGGAAACCUGAAUUUAUGUUUGAUCUAAAUUAUGCAAAAAUGGCGGAGAGCACUAGCAGCUCUACUAGAAAUUCAGACUGGAUGCAAGCUGACCAGGUGCAAGAAAGCCAAAACAAGACGACAGAUAAUGGGAUUACUGACGAAGCAGCUGACACAUUGGAUGUUUGGGAUGACUUUACUGGCUCGGUCAGUACACAAGAUCCCUCCAGUAGUGUUUCAAACUCAAAGAUAACUACCAGCCCGACUGGGGAAGCUAAAGUGACUGCUAAUCUUAAUGAUACGAAAACAACGGAGGGUAAUCAUAGUUCAUCUACAAAGAAUUUUGAUUGGAUGCAAGAUAACCUGUGGCCAGGAAGUAAUAACAAGACAACAAAUACCGUCUCUACUGAUGAAGUUACUGAUUCAAUUAAUGCUUGGGAUGACUUUAUAGGCUCUACUGGCUCACAAAAUCCUUCCAGCAGUUUUCCUAACUCAGUGAUGGCUAGUCAGACUGAGAGAUCUGAAACUACUGCUGAUCUUAAUGAUAGAAAAGUUGUGGAGAGCAGUAACAGUUUUGACUGGAUGGGAGAUGACUUAUGGCGAGGGAAUCAUAACAAGACAACGGACGCUGUGACUACUGAAGAAGUUCCCGAUUCCUUGGAUGAUUGGAGUGUCUUUACUGGCUCAGCCACUACACAAGAUCCUUCCAGUAAUAUUUGGAAACAAACUAUAAAUCAGACAUCUUCUGCUCAGCAGACAUCUGAAAUAGAUAUAAUCAGUUUAUCAGGCAAUUCAAAUGUUAAUAAUUUUGGCGGCUUCAAACAACAUGAUUUAUUUUCAGAACAAUUUAGUGAUCCAUUGAGUUCUGCUGGAGCAAACAUGCAGACUGGGGCUUCCUCCGGCAGGGUGGCUUCUGGGGAUGCGGCCGGAGGAAACUCGGGAGAUGUUUCCAGUGCAAAAUUAGGGUCAAAUGUUGAUGAUGUAGAGAUGUUGUUGUCUCAAAUGCAUGAUCUGUCGUUUAUGCUUGAGAGCGAGCUUUCAGUUCCCCGCAAGUAAUAUUGAAGUACAUUAUCUUCAUAUUCAUGCGCAGUUGUUGUUUACAUAUGUUAAGAUUCAUUUUUUUAAUUUGUAACACAGCCUUUAUCCUUCCUGUUCUCUAGUAUCUGUGUUAUAUAAUGAAUAGAGAAGACAGUUGAAUGUCUCGGUCA